GAUUGUUUUGCGGGCAAUUAGCGUCGGCCCGUUCGUCCCGCACGUGCCGCUCCCGGCGCCCGGCCCGCGCCGUCAGUACUCCGCGCGCGCUGUCCGCGAGCGGCCGCCACAUUGGCUCUGUGUCGCUCGCCUCCUCGUACGCCGCGAACUACGCACGGUACGCCCGCUUCACGGCACGCCUCCGAUACUUUUUUGGUUCGCCAUUUUUUUCUUUCAAUACUUUUGAACGGACACCUGUUGCUACCUGAUGGACUUGCAAUUGUUUACCAACAAAAGUUCCAAUAAGUAUUUUCGGACUUUAAAAUUGACUUAAACUGCACAUUAAAAAUUACUAAACUAUUGACUUUAUAAAUACUCAGCUUCCUAAAGAGCUAUCAACGAAAGCGAACACCGUUGUAAUUAGCUAUAACUAGUAAAAGGGCGAGCGACAUCCUUCCGCGGUCCGAUCGCCGGCGCGCCGCCCGCCGGGAAAAGUUUUCCUUUAUACAAAGUCCUUAUAGGUCGAUGCGAACUUCGCAGUCAAAAGUUCGCGUUCGGAAAGUUAUACGCACGAGUCUCGAGAACUUCUGUUCGACAACUUUACACGAAAACAAUUCCCCAACUGUUUCUUGGAACGAUUCAAGUUGCGUACACUCCUAAUGGAAAACGAAAGAAGUAUACAGACAAUGUAAAGUGACAUUAUGAACAGUUUAAACGUCUAUUUAACUGUAAACGUAGUAUAUCCUGAGUAUUAUGAGGAAAAUAAACUUGUAAGUGUAAAAUAGUGUUAAGUAGAACUUGUUAAAUAUGGCAGCAGCGAUGAUAAGUGACAGGGGACUUCGUAAAAAGUUAACGCAAGAAGCUAUACCGGAGAAAACUCCGCGUAAGCCUUCCAAGCGUAAAUCCACAGCGAGCAGCUCCAAGAGCGAUAAGAAAAAUGAGCAGAACAACAAUAAAAGAGCAAAAGUACAGACCGGGGAUCCGAAAUUAGAUUUGUUCUCGACAUAUCAGCCGUGGGUCAUACAGACGUACGGAGACUUGGCCAAAACCAAGACGAUAACUUUGAAGAAGUACGGUCGGAUUCUCCGUACGUUGCGCGGGGAGGAAUGCAACAGUUCCGAUAGUUCUAAAUUCCGUUUCUGGGUAAAAGCGAAGGGUUUCCAUGUUGGGAAGCCGCCUGGUUACGAUGCGAAACCGGCCGACGGCAUCGUGUGCAGAUACAGUGUGAUGGACGCCGAGCGAUGCGCUGUGGGCGUCGAGGGGCAGGACGUGUACACCGGCUCGCAGAAUGACCCGCCGCUGUACAUACCCACACCACCUGUUAAGAAUGCACCAAAUCAAGAGCCCGUAUAUAGAAAAGUAGCCGUAGUAGAAAAUUUCUUCGAUAUCAUUUACACAGUUCACGUAGAAUUAGAAGGCCGACCUGGAAAACAUGCUGGACAAAAAAGAACUUAUAGAACAAUUACGGAGACGUACGCGUUCCUGCCACGGGAGGCCGUCACGCGCUUCCUCACCGGAUGCGCGGAGUGCGCGCGGCGCCCGCGCAGUGCGUCCCCCCCGCCGCUGCCCACCCCCUCGCCCUCGCCCACCCGACACCCCACCUACCUCCCCUUCCUCCCCCACUGCGCGCCUGAUUACACGCGCAACUGGGAAUCUGAGAUAGACGCCGCACAUUCUAAUUACUACGAACCGAAAUUUGAGUACACGGAACUUCAGCCGCUGAAGAAAGUUGAAAGCCCUAAACCUACAGACGUUGAAGAUCCGGAACCUACUUACAUAGAACUAACGUCGAAGAAAGUCAACGGAUUCGAAUCUACGCCGCUGUUGAACAGAACUUCUCCUGUAGAACCCGCGUUUCAAGAAGAAGAGCCAGUCAGAACAGAUCCUGAGAUAGACAAAGAUGAAAAUAGUUUAAUAGAUGUUGAAGACGUGAUAUCAGAUAGUCCCGCCCCGUUAAGAUUACAAAAGGAUGAUGAUGCAAAGCAUUCAGAAGGUGAAAGUACAAAGGCUGCAGAAAGCAGAGGAGUCGACGAUAAGACUGAACCUAAGAAAGAGAAAAAAUAUAAUCCCCUCGAUGUUGCUAAUUUAACGUCUAAAGACCCGCCGAAGUCGAGGUCUCCGCCUAGAAAGAAGUUGUUACCUAAUGUUGAUUAUUCGUCUAAUUCAUUCGCGAGGUUUCCGAAGCCUUGGAGACCAGACGGUGGGGCGUAUUAUGGAGGGGAGGAGAUGGACUACAACGUGCCUAUAACAACCGCGUACUUGAAGCAUAUGCGGACCAUGUCGUACCAGGAUCGCAGGGAUUCAGAGAGCAAGGAUAACUUAACUCCCGAACCUGCGGACAUGAACGACGACGACAAUUUUUCUAGUCAGGCCCUCGCGAAAGACGCUGAGAAGUUGAAAAUGAUGUUGCUAGCAUGGAAUUACCACAGCCAGGCACAAGGCCGCAACGGUGACAUUACGGAGACGGGUGGCGACAGUAUGGCGGAUCUAUGGGCUUCAUACCAUAGCGCUUUGGGUCUCGGCAGCAAGCCUCCAAAACCCCCUACCCCAUUGGCCGCUGGCCACUCGAGUCCAAUUCACGUUGGCUCGGUGACGCCGGGAGUGGAGCCUGCUUCUACACAUGAUGAGACUUCAUCAUCAGACCGGACAAAGGAUGACGAUGACGGUGGAGCUUCGGAUGAUGACUCUGAUGACAGGGUUGAUCCACAGCAUCAUGAUCCGGAGCGACUGAAGGCUUUUAACAUGUUCGUCCGCCUCUUCGUAGACGAAAACUUGGACAGGAUAGUUCCUAUCUCCAAGCAGCCUAAAGAGAAAAUCCAGGCGAUCAUUGACUCCUGCACACGACAGUUUCCGGAGUUUGCCGAGCGCGCCCGAAAGAGGAUCAGAACUUAUCUGAAGAGCUGCAGACGGAACAAGAAAGUGCGAGGAGAGAUGCCCUCGUCAGGCAAUGGAGGAAGUACGCCGGGGUCUGGCAACGCCUGGGACACUGCGGUACGGCCAACUCCAGCGCAUCUGACAUCGGUGCAAGCUGAGCACAUCCUCGCGCAGGCGUGUGAGAAUGAGAGCCUGAACGCUAAGCGCAUGCGCCUUGGUCUCGACCCUGUUAGCCAGCCGAUGCCAACUGUACCUACUCCAAUGGCCAUUGACACUACGGCGACUUCAGCCGUGGCUUCGUCAUUCCUAAGCCUGUACAGUGGUGCUAUCAGUAGCCCAGCAUCCACUCCAGCUACCACCACGUCCACCACUUCAUUGGCCACUGCUGGACAUAGCAAGGCAGCUGCAGACACUACCAGGCCAUCAGCAAGCCCAACUAUGGAUACCUCGCUGCUGAACAACAACAAUUUGAAACUGGACAACGCUAAUGGAAAUGCUGGCAGUAAGACUGCUAGCCCAGCGUCAUCGCCGGCGCCUCUGUUCAGACCAUCGUUCCCAAAUACUUUUGGAACCCCACAAACUUUUGGACGACAGAACUCCAAUCCGAACCCUGCAUCAUCAGCGCUGACCAGUAGCGCCCUACUCUCAACUUUGACUGCGCUGCCACCUACCGGAGCAGGUGUGAAUGCAGCGAUGGCGGCGUAUCAGAGCGCUUUGCUUUCCGCUAUGGCUGCGCACACACAUACUUUCCCCACCAGCCUGUCCGCUCCAACUGAUCUGUCGCUGAAGAGUACGACGCCGACCCCAAUGCAUGGGACGUCGACUGCAUCAUCGCUUGCUUCCACGGCGUCUAGCCAGAGCAAGCCGCAGCUCCUGUCCCACAAGCUGUCAGGAGCUGAAGUAGGCGCAGUGCGGCAGCUCAUCACUGGCUACCGUGAGUCCGCAGCCUUCCUGCUCCGCUCCGCAGACGAGCUCGAAGCUCUACUGCUGAACCAACCCUAGGAUACACUCAAACCCUUAUCUGACGUAUAUGGGUUCAAAUUUGGAUACUUUUAACAAAAGAACUGUGCUGGUGAAAACAGUGUUUCGGACUUCAAACUAAAAUUCGAGUGGUUUGUGACUUUCGGGUUAAAAUUCGAUGUCAAAUUAAGUAUGCGUAAAUUAAAAUUAUCUACAAAUUAAAAUAUUAAUGCACAGAAACUGUAAAUUCGGAAUUCUUAGAAUGGACAUGCUGAUUGUGAUUUGCGAAUUGCGAAUCGUACAAAAAAUUACAAAUUUUGUGACUGAUUCAUGCCAAUUUUACUAAUGACGUUUUUAAUUGUUUCUACAUGUUACAUUUAAAUAUUUAACCGAGAUAUUUGUCAAUAGUUACAGUUACAUAAUGCGUUAAGGUGGUCGGUUACAGGCACGAUAUGAUCAUGAAUAAUUGUCCCUGCCAGUAUCCGACCACUUUGGCUCACCAUAGACUAAUUCAAUUCUUUCAAUAGACGUUUCACACAUUGCUUACAUAUACCCGAAAUAAGUAGAACACUAGUUUAUGUUACAAAAUAUUUGCGUUGGCAACAUUAUUGAUCGCAUAAUACGGUGCUUGUUAUACACAUUUUUGGUGUUGCCAACACACUACGUUUGUCCAAAUUAUUAAGUAGAAACUUUGAGUCUAUCCACUGAUAAUACAUUUUCUAAGAAUGUGCACACAUUUGCUGAGUGCUGGGGACGUUUCCUAAUUGUUUACAUAUUUAUUUGUUUCACGGAGCGUUCACAAACAGCCAUACAAAUCCGCAACUGUGUGCGCAUUCUUAGAUGACUUUACCAAUGUCUACAAAAUAAAACGAAUAAUUAAAAAUUGAGAAGUAUUUUGUAAACGUUGACGAAGUUAUAAACUUAGAAAUCUAUUUCAGCGAUCGUACAAAGCUGCCAUAAUUAUUGUAAAAAAAUCUAAAUGUUGCCAUUUGAAACUCGUUGGGAGAGUACAAAAUUAUUUUUGUGUAUAUUUAGAUUAUAAGAGAAAAAAAUCAGGGAGUCUCUAGCGUUAGGUUAAUUAAAAAAAAAACGAUUUCUUGCCUGGUGCGAUUUAUAGAUUAGUAUAUUGAUUAUCUCAUCGAAAAUUGCUUGAAAGAGGCGGCUAUUAAAAUAUUCGGAGAAUGAAAUACAUCUUUUCUUGAUUUGGUUGACUUCGGAUUUUCGGAAUACGAAUUUUCGUAAUGAUGUGUUAAAACUGGAUAUCUAUAGAACGAAUUCAUACGAAAAAUUGCGUUUUUCGUAAAUUCGAAGUCAAUCAAAAACUUAACAUUUAAGUUGAAGUGGCAUUUUAGUAGUAAGGGCACGAAUUUAUUUGUUGUUUUGUAAAAUAGCGCUCUAGCUUUACAAUGAUUAAUUAAUAUAUUUAUAAUUUUAAACUUUUCAUUAUUUAAAAAGAAAAUAUUCUAUAGCUCUUUUAUAACGUGAUCGGCUCCAUCCAAAAUCGUUUGCUAAGUUUUUCUCGAUAGUUUAGUUUAUUCCUAAUUCGCUUUGCUCAGUACAAUGGAAAGAUUUUGACUGUAUCUGUUUGUUACCAUAGGUGUACGGCCAAGUACUGUAGGUAAGGUGUAAAAUAAGUUACUUGCUUACGGUGUACAAAAUAUUCCACUUCUAUAAGAAAUCAGAACCUUCUCAAAUUAUCUGUUUUCCAAUUAAAGUUUCUAUUUUGGCCUAAAUCAUUUCGUUGAGCAAAAUGUGGAUCUGGAUUAAUACCUCGUAAUGUUAUGUACUUCUGUUGUUACUUAGUUUAGUUUGACAUUCUGGCCAGUUUUAUUCGAUUUUUGUAAUCUAUCAUAAUGUAAUUUCGUUUAUAAGGUUAAACAAAAUAAUUACAAUAGAAUAAUUAAAGUCACAUAAACGCUUAUUAUGUUGCUACUGAUUUCAUACUUUCAAAUGUUGCGACCAUUGUAGAACACACUUUCGUGGUCAUCUUGACCAAUAGCAAACAAGUGAUAUUGCUCUCCAUCCAAUGAGUAAAAUGUGUCUCCUCUACAAUGGUGGCAACAGUUUGAAACCUGCAAAUAAUGUAUAAUAUUUUCUCAACUUUGCCAGUUUUUCUCAAUAGUGUUAAAAGCUUGACGCCAGUUUUAAAAUAAAAUUGUAAAUUCACUUUUGAAUACAAAAAUUGCCAAAGAAACGAAUUGAUUUUUCGUAAUUGAAUUAUGUGUGGUAUGUGGAAUUGCAGUUUAAUUUUACUUAUUACUAUGAUUACGAUAAUUUGACGUUAAGAUUAAUUUAAGGGUUAGUUUUUAAUUUUGUUUUAUGGAUAAAGUCAUUCCAAUAUUUUUCUAAAAUGGACACUCGGUGCGACGAAAGAAUGCUGUAGUCAUUGUAUAUGGGAGAAAUGUAAAAAGUAUGUUUAGAAAUAUAAAAAAGUUGAUUAGAAAUACGUGAAAGUUGAUGUUGGGAUAAAGAUAAAAAACGAAAAUGGUGGUAAAUACGUUGAGAAAAUGAAUUUGUUAGACAUUAAAAUAUAUUAUUAUUAGAGAUGUAUAAAUGGUUUACAAUUAUUAUUAUCUAUUAGUUUGAGAGAAAUACAAAAUGGUGAAAAAAAAAAUACAAAAUGGCGAUUGUUACUAUUAACGAUAUGAGAAUUUAGUUAUAAUUUUGCAAUUUCAAAAUGUGAGUUUUACAAUUUUGAAAAAGAAAAUAUUAAAUAUGCUCAUAUACUGAAA